AUGGACUCUCCAGAGUCGCCACAGACCUCUCUGCCGAGCGAGGAGAAGUACCCCUCGGUGCAUCUGCUGCUUCUCAUCACGGGCAGUGUCGCAGCAAUCAAGACAGGGCUGCUUCUGGAUCAGCUCUCGACAGAGCGGUGCAACAUCCGCAUUGCCGCUACAAAGGCUGCAUUUCACUUUCUCCGCCGCGCACAGCCGUCCAAGACGGGCAUCCCGUUUCAGAGCAUCAUCACGGACGAGCAGGAGUGGAGUGAGUGGCAGGCGAUGAACGAUGCUGUGGUGCACAUUGAGCUGCGCCGAUGGGCAGACCUCGUUGUGAUUGCCCCACUCGACGCGAACACGCUCGCCAAGGUGGCGACAGGGCUGUGUGACAACUUGGUCUCGAGUGUCAUGCGGGCGUGGGAGGUGAAGCAGAAGCCGGUGAUCCUGUGUCCGGCCAUGAACACGGCCAUGUGGACGCACCCCAUCACGGCGAAGCAGCUGAAUCAGCUGGCGGAGUGGUACUGCGAUCCAGACGCACGGAGCUGCACAUUGUGCACUAACAUGAUCAAGACCAGCUUUCCGGUGAGUGACAGCUGCGCGUCGCCUUCGAGGGCCGUUGUAAAGGAAAACGAGGAGACAAGCGGGAGAACGGCUGAGGAUAGCGCGACGGCGGCGAUAAACGCCUCCUCUUCGUCGGCCGUGGUGACUGCCGGCUCUGUUGCUGCUGCUACUGCGCGUGGCCCUCCGCUCCCUGUCACGCUGCGUGAAUCAAUGUGCCAGGUUGUUGGUCCCGAGAGCAAACGCCUGGCUUGUGGCGACAUCGGGAUCGGCGGUAUGGCUAGCGUCGAGGAGAUCGCGCUGUACAUUCGCCACACGAUGAAGCUCAUUCGAGAUGAGAAGCGGCGUUGCUUUCAAGAGGCCCCGGAGCGGCGCGAGGCGGAAGCUGGCGGCACUCAAUCUGUGGCACACCCUCCUCAGGAGACGCACUAG